GUCGGCCCACUCGAAACACGUCAGGCCCAUUCACGUGAAGACCAACCCGGGCAGAACGCAACUACCAUUCCAAUUUCCAAUUCCUUUCUCAGGAAGAAUUCCUCUCUCAGAAAGGACAGGAUCACAGGAAAUAUACGGUGACCAUAGAGCGAUAGAGAGAGAGAGCGAGAGAGAGAGAGAUGGAUAUGGUAUUUUCCCAGAGAUUCAUGUCUUCGUCAACAGUACUGUUUCUAAUUCUUAUCUGUUCCUCACCGGCGGCAUCGUCAUCCGCCGGCGACGAGAAGCCGACGGCGUACGAGGUCCUUCAGGGCUACGAUUUCCCAAUUGGGAUUCUUCCCUUGGGCGUCACCGGCUACGAUCUCGAUGCGUCCACAGGGAAGUUCUCUGCUUAUAUGGACGGUAGCUGUAGCUUCUCUCUUGAAGGCUCGUAUCAAUUGAAGUACAAAUCCACCAUUAAAGGUCACAUAUCCACAGGCAAGCUCUCCGGCCUGGAGGGUGUGAGCGUAAAGCUCUUCUGGUUCUGGGUCGACAUUGUCGAGGUUUACCGGAGCGGCGACUCCCUCGAAUUCUCCGUCGGAAUUGCUUCCGCCGGGUUUCCGAUUGAUAACUUUGUAGAGUGCCCUCAAUGUGGGUGUGGUUUGAAUUGCAACACCGGGCAAGUAAGCAAGCUUAGAACGAACCCAUUUGUUUCUUCUUAUUAGUGGAAUUGAUUAUGAGAUUAUGACACUGUACUUUGAAUUUUGAACAAUGGGUUCUUAUUUGAUCACGGUUGGUCAAUGCAGAUUGUGCUUAUUUUGA